CUGUUUGCCAUGAAAUAAAAACAAUCGUCAAAAAUGGAUGUUACCUUUACCCGUGACGUAAACUCUAACAGGAACGAAAAUAGGCUCACAUAGUGCACAGGCGGUGACUCUGAUGUUUGCGCAACAAAGUUGUGAAUUUGACGUUCUUUCAGUGCAGUAAACAAAGGAACAGCCAGGGGAAAAGUCAAAGCAAAACAGUUAUUGUGAUGAGACUUAUGUACGUAAUAGAUGUAUUCGGCUAUGAUUUGUUAGCAUGUCGAUUAUUUGUCUAAUAAUACAUGACGAGGCUCAGUAUUUGCACUAACAGGAAACACAUUUGUACUAAAAAAAAAAAAAAGUCGCUGUUUUCUUUUUAAGUGAGAGUGUUUGCUGGUAUAGUGAUAAUUCAGUAAACACAAUCGGAUUCAUUUCCAAGGAUUGCCGUUUUCAACAGAUGUCUGAUAUUGGUUAUUUCAUUCAGUGGAUUUAAAUUAUGACGUCCUCAAUGAUGGUCCCAGUAAUAGAUGUGCAAAGCAAUAAUUUUAUAGAGCUGUGGGGAGCAAUGGUGUUAGCCAUUAAAACAUCUUCAUUCAUUGCCCUUGAUACGGAACUGAGUGGUCUUGGAUCAAGAAAAGCUCUUCUAGCAGAAUCCAUUGAAGACAGAUACAAAACCAUAUGCCAUGCAGCUCGCACACGCUCAAUACUUUCAUUGGGGAUUGCUUGUUAUAAAGAACUUAACAACAAAGGAGACAACACAUACCUGGUCCAGGUUUACAAUCUAACCCUGCUUUGCUCAGAGGAAUACACAAUUGAACCCCAAUCAGUGCAGUUCCUUGUGCAGCAUGGAUUUGACUUCAACAAACAAUAUGCCCAAGGCAUUUCCUAUUACAAGGGUAAUGACAAAGGAGGUGAUGCACAUGGUGUAAACAUGCGAUCCUUGUUCAUAGAACUGCUAAGGGCAAAUAAGCCCUUGGUGGUUCAUAAUGGUCUGAUAGACAUGGUCUUCUUGUACCAGUGCUUCUAUGCCCAUUUACCGGAGCACCUGGGAACCUUCACUGCAGAUCUGUCCCAAAUGUUUCCCUCAGGCAUCUAUGACACCAAGUACGCAACAGAGUAUGAGCUGCGGUUUACAGCUUCAUACCUGGAAUAUGCCUAUAAGAAGUGUAAGCUGGAAAAUUCCAGAACUAUUGAAAGUGGUGGAAAUAGGACUAAUUUGUUCCUGGAGUUUUGUAAAUAUACUGGGAAGAUGCAGAGCUACAUAGACUACAGGCCUUGCUUGGACAACCAGAGUCAGGAUGGUGCCCACGGUGUCUGUAUUCAGUUCUCUGCUUAUGGAUGGUGUCCUAAUGGCUCUCUGUGCCCCAUGUCACAUGACACAGACCUUAUAAUCCAGCAUGAUGAAAAGACCAGAGAAGACAAGAGAAAAAAGAGGAAGCGCAAGAAUAAAAAGAGAGAUACUCAAGGGCAAGCAGAUUUACCCUCUGAAACAUGUGAGUCCCCACAAGGCAAAAGGAAGCACUUGGGAGGCAUGGAGCUGGAGGCAGAGGUGGACCAGCAGGACCAGGCCAGAUCUGAACCCACACCACUAGAACAUGAAGAAAAGACAGCAGGUCCUGGGACAACAGAUGGUGCACAUGCAUUUGAGCCUGGGAAAACAGCCAGCAAGAAUGAAAGUUAUGCAUCUCAGCCACAAGAAUCUUCUGAGGCUCCUGAUAAACCAAAAGAGAAGAAAGUCGAAGGAGGAACCCACAGAGCAGGAUUUGACGCUUUCAUGACAGGCUAUAUUUUUGCUUUUGCCAGAACUCUGACAGCAAAUACAGAGGAAUCCCCCAAUGCUCCCUUUAUCACUGGAUGUCUCAAUAAGCUGUACCUCAGCGGCAAGUCUGUUCCUCUAAAUGUAGUGAAAAGCACCUUCUCUAAGUCUUCAAAGGCCCAUGUGCACAAGAUGGACUAUGUCUGGGGGAAAAAUAAUUCUGUUAAAACUCAAGGCAGUGCAUAAAAAUUUUUUUUUUUUUUGGGUUUCUAUUCAGUGUAAAAAAAAUACAUUAAAAAAAUGUAUUUAAAUACAUGUUUUAAAUUUAAAUUGGUCUGACAAGGAUUUUUUUGUUGCCUUCUGACUAAAAGUUAAGGCAAUAUAGACAAUUAGACCAACAGUUCUCAGGACCCAUAUUCUACUUUGGAUAUCAAGUGAUGACCCAACACAGUACCAAAAUUGUUUAGCAUACAAAAGCAUACAUAAUAUCAAACUACAAACAAAUUAAUAUUACUCAUAAAUGUAUCUUCCUAUUAACUUAAAUCUUCUCCAAUUCCAUUUUCUUUUGUGAUGUUCCUCAUUUGUAUGUAGCUUUGGUUAAAUGUGUCUUCUAAAGGCCCAAAAGUAUGCAAAAUUCUUAAAGUCCCCGUGAACCGGAAGUUGCAAACGACUUCUCCAGUGUUGUGAGGUAUUUCCGAGAGAAACGGAAUACUAAAUGAGGCAAAAUAGUGGGCGUGGCUUUUUUUCCAACUAGCACCUGAUUGGAUCUAAAAAAGUAGGUGUUUCAUUCAGAAAUGGAGGCAGAUCUUAACGCAAGUUUACAAUCGGUUGUUGAGGAUUACUCGCCGCCUGAAACACCGCCAGCAGUCCCCUUCCUGCAGCAGGAGGAGGAGGAAGAUGAAGAUGAAGAAGAACAGGAACACACGGAGGAUCAUUUCGGGGGAAUCAGACCUUACAUGUUUGAGCCGUUACAUGCGGAGGGUUUGAAUGGUAAAAAGUGUUCCGUGAGUGUUACAACCAAAAAUGCACCUCCUCGCCAUCUCUCGUUUCACACGCUGUCAAUGCUCGCAAACACACAGGCAUCCUGUCUACUGUCAGUUGGAGAGGCGUGGUUACGGAUGUUAAGGAGACACCUAAACCGUCAAACCUACGUCAACAGGCAAGGUCCUCCAAUGCAGAGGGGCGGGGAAUUUUCAGAUUUUGAUUAAAGAUUACGAAGCCAAUUUUGGUGUGGAUUGACUUGCAUGGAUGAAUUGUUCACCACAAAACGAUCAAUUUAGGCAAACAAAGUAAGUAUGGUCAAUUUUUAAUUCAUGGGGACUUUAACAUAAAACAUAGGCUGAAUAGGAACAUUUAAAAUGUUUAAAUGCAUAAACAGCAGAAGUGUGAUUUACCAGUCCAACACAUGGAACAAACACUGGACUAAAUAUUGUAUUAGUAUUAGGCAUGUUUCCAAAUUACAGAUAAUUAACAGCAAAAUACUGCACAGUUUGUUAGGACACACACAGCUUUUGGCAUCAAAAACAAAAGAUAUGGGAAGUGUUUUCUCUAACCUUUACCGUUUUGCAGACCUAUUUAUGCAUGAUGGGAAGAUGAGGGAGGCAUUUCAAUGGGCCUCCUCAUUGGCACCCCCCUCCACCUGCUAGUGCCCUAUGCGACUGUCUAGUUCACCUAAGCCUAGAAAUGGCCCUGGGUUCACGGACAGCUGGAAAAAAACCAAUGCAAAUUAUUUGCAAAUCUUGCAUAGUUAAAAUGGCAAAAUGAAUAGGCUUAACUUGAAUUGAACUGAAACAUUAUUUAAGCCUGCUACAUGAAUCGUGGAAAACUGUACAAUUAAAUAGGACAUUUUAAAUUUAUUUUAAACAUAUAAGAGUACAAAC